GUGACUGGGAGGACCCUGGUUGGGGGUCAUUACUUUCAACUCAGGCCUUUUUUUUCUUCUUCUUGGAAACUACGCUGGGCCAAGUGUGCGACUGACUCUUUAAUCUGCACUUUUCAGACCGUGGGCAGACCGGGUAAACACUGGUCAAUCCCAAGUUCUUUUGGAAGACAUACAUGUUGAGUAAAAAGGACCGCCGAGACAGGAUAGUACUUGGCAAAGAUUUAGGAGACCAGCCCUUACAACGCAACAAUAGCAUCUUUAAGAGAGGUCUAAAAGUAAGACAAAAGUAGUUAACUCCUAUAGUGAGAAUGCAGAGAGGGAUGCACCUGCUGAUAAGAAGAGGGACCGUGUCCUUCACAGAACAGAACUGGCUCUUUUGAGGAGUGAUUCAUCAUGUUUGUGGGCGCUCCGGGACCAAAUAUGGAAAUCAACAACAGCAUGCAUCAUUUCCAGGAGUGGCUGCGAUCACUUCCAUCCAAAGUUCCAGGCUGGGAGGACUACUGGAGUCUGCUGCCUUCCUCCUCCUCCCUGCUGGGUCUGGGAGCUCUGGCUUCCCUCACUGCUUAUUGGCUGCUGACCCGCCCACGCCCCAUGCGGCCGCCCUGUGACCUGCAGGCCCAGUCUGUAGCCGUGAAGGGCGACCCCACCUGCAGGCGCUCGGCUCUCCUUCAAGACGAUUCUCUGCUGGAGUUCUACUACGACGACACCAGGACGGCCUACGACAUGUUCCGCAGAGGCCUGAGGAUCGCAGAAAGCGGUCCAUGUCUGGGCUUCAGGAAGCCGAGCCAACCUUACCAGUGGAUCUCCUACUCUGAGGUGGCCCAGCAAGCCCAAUUGCUGGGCUCUGGUCUGCUGGCGAAAGGCUGCCAACCCAAGCCUCAGCAGUUUGUUGGCAUAUUUGCACAAAACAGACCGGAGUGGAUAAUUACAGAGCUGGCCUGCUACACUUACUCCAUGGCGGUGGUUCCUCUGUACGAGACCCUGGGGCUGGAGGCCAUGGUCCAUAUCCUCAACCUGGCGGGGAUCUCUGUGGUGGUCUGCGACCGCGAGGAGAAGGCCGCCUCGCUGCUGGAGAACAAGGAGAAGGGCCACGCUCCCAAACUCUCCUGCCUCGUUCUCUUUGACCACUUCAGCCAGGCCCUGGUGGCCAGGGCCAGGGCUUGCCAGGUGGAGGUUCUCAAACUGUCACAGCUCAUGGUGAGCGGGAUCGUUUUGGAUCUACUAAUGUGUGCAAAUUAA